ACACAUUUACAAGGAAGAGUCUAGCCUUCAGAGCAGUGAGAAGCGAACUACGCCGCGGAGUAUAUAAUCCUGCAAUCGUCUUCACUCAUCACAGUCAAUCGUUCGGCUUCGUACCGCGCAUAUCCAAUUCACAUUUUCAAAAUGAAAUUGUUCGUAGUCGCCGCCGUACUCGGAGUGUGCGCCGCCGGGCGUUUGGACAACACCUACCUGCCUCCUGGCAGAGGAGGCUCUGGAUUUGGCCAAGGAGGUGCUGGAGGCUUCGGCCAUGCCGCGGCUGGUGCUGGAGGCCACGCCGGAGGCUUUGGACAGAGAGGCUCGGGUGGUUUCGGCCAAGGCGGAGCUGGAGGUUUUGGAGGCGCUAGCCACGGAGGAUUCGGACAAGGAGGCGCUAGCCACGGAGGAUUCGGUCAAGGAGGCGCUGGCCACGGAGGUUUUGGCCAAGCCGGCGCUGGCGCUGGUGGUUUCGGACAAGCCCAACACGGUGGCAACCUCUACAACGCCGGUGGAUUCCAGCAGUCAUACAGCCAGCAGAGCUCUCGUCCCCAAGACGCCGGCGCCCAAAUCCUGAGGUCCAACAGCGAGGUCACCGCUGAGGGUUUCUCUUACGACUUCGAAACCUCCAACGGCAUCCGCGCUGACGCUCAAGGCGUGGCCACUAACGGAGUCCAGUCUCAGGGCAGCUUCGGGUACAAGGGUGACGAUGGCCAGGACUACAGCAUCACGUACACCGCUGAUGAGAACGGAUACCGCCCCCAGGGUGCCCAUCUCCCCACCCCUCCCCCGAUCCCGGAGGAAAUCCUGAAGUCUCUGGAGCAGAACGCCCGUGAUGAGGCUGCUGGCAUCUCUGACGAUGGCGCAUACCACGGCGAGGGCGCUGGCUCCGGCUCCGGCUAUUCCGGCAACCAAUACCAACAACCAUCCGGCCAGUACGGCGCUCCCAGCCGCACCUUCCAGCAACCCAAGAACUUCGGUGGCUCUUCUGGUAACUUCGGUGGCUCUUCCAACUUCGGCGGUUCUUCCUUCGGUGGCGCCGCUUCCCGCCAAUACCUGGCCCCCAAGGCUGGACCUAAUGGCUCAGGAAACUUCAACCCUAGAACCGGAUACCAAUAUUAGGAGCUCAAGUUGACAAGGAUACCGAUGAGUUAAAACCAAAAUAACAACAUAGUUUAACCUUUAAAUAUGUGUGUGGUGGCCAAAAUUUGUGGUUUAAACCUAGCUGCAGAAAAAAUUGUUCUUCAAAAAAAGCUAAUAGAUAACUAAAAAUUCGGUCAGGCACCUUGUCGUACACAGACAAGAAGUUGAUGAACAUUCGUAGACCUUAUGUUAUUGGUAUAAGGUUUUCAAAUGGUCAAUUUAUUGUUUCAAUGAUAGAUUAAGUCAUCCUUGUAACUAUCUUUGACUUAUCAGUAUUUGUGUGUCAUAUUGUAUAGAAUUUGUAAUUGAUUUUCGAAUGAUGUUGAUUUACUUGUAACUAUAUCCCACUGUUUUCUUUUCAAAUGUUUAACUUCUUUGAACCUUAUUUGUAUAUUUUGUUAUUCAUGACACUUUUAUUUAUAUUGAUGUUUUUACUUAUUUCUGUAUCAUCAUUAGAGUUAAUUAUUAUAAAUAAUGGACAAAGCUGUGAACUAUUGAUGUGAUUUAUAAUAAUAUAAGAAAUAUUAUUACUGUUACCAUUAAUUAUUUCUUCUAACUAAUAUGAUCUCAAUUUCUCGACAAUUCUGUAUCAAAAUUAUUUUUCUACUAUUGUGAAAAUAGUCGUAAGUUAAUACAUAUACUCAAAUGGACAGUAAUAUAUUUAAGAAAAUGACAAAAAAAAGUUUGUAUUGUAAAUGUAAGUCAUUGUAAAUAUCGAACACAAUAAACGAAGGUCGAACCUGAGAUUUAUAAAAAUACAUAAAA